AAUCACUGGAAGCCGGUUCCGAAAAUUUACACGUAGCAUUCGUCUGACAGUUGUGUACUUGUUUGGAUAACUCAUCAUGGGCGUCGACGAGGAGAAUAAUUGUGACGACUUUGAGAAGGCAGCUGAAGAGGUGAAGAACCUCAAGGCACGUCCCACGGACGAGGAACUUCUAGAGCUGUACGGUCUUUUCAAGCAGGCUACAGUUGGAGACUGUAAUACCAGUCAACCCGGUAUGUUCGACCCCAAGGGCCGUGCGAAGUGGCAUGCCUGGAACGGAAGAAAAGGAAUGUCUCAAAGUGCUGCCAAGGAGACUUACGUUGCCGAAGCCAAGAAGCUACUCGAGAAAUACGGCAAGCAAUAGAAGGCCAGCCCUGUCGAGAUUCUGUCGAUUUUAAAGAUGGAAUUUAAUGCGGCAUUGCAGUUCACGAGUAUUUCCUAACUUCACAGAGGCACUACUGCUUUAUACUUAAACUGUCGAUAUUAUUUUGGAGCAAUACUCAGUAUUGUGUAUAUUCUAUGGCAAGCUUUGAGCUGUAUCAGUUUUUUUAUAUGGCACAAAUAAAAUUUCUUUAUUGAGAA